GCCUUUUCAACCUUUCUCCCUUCUCCCUUUCGCUCUCUUCGACAUUCCCUUCCUUUCACUUCACCUUCUUUUUUUCUGGCCGUGCUCGUUUUUGGUCCCACUUACUGCAAUUCAUUCGACUGCCUUCAAGCGUCGAUCUGCUGUACCGGGUGUCACAAUAAUUCUAGUUCCUGUUUCAUUUUUUCGAGGUCUUCGGCCACAUCGCAGUGGCCACCAUUUCUUUUUAUCUAUUAAGACGACAAGCGCAAGAGCAACAUGAACGAUACAGCAUACGAACGGCCUAAAUUCUCCUCCCUCGCCCGGGCUGUUUUUCUCUUUUACGCUUUGAUUAUCGCUGCGAACGUUGCUGUUGUCGUUUUUGCUGCUCGCGUGAAUAUCUGGCAGGAAUUUUAUUAUGCCGCUGACCUCUUCCCUUUCGGUCUUUCUAUCGCCACACUUGCUCUCGCUAUCAUUAUGGCUAUUCUCGACGUCGGUUUCGAUAAUGCCGUCACCGCGCGACCACCAUUCGAGCUUGGUGUCAGCUGCGUGCUGACCACCCUGUGGACUGCCUUCAACGCCUUCUCGACCUCUCGCUGGGCCAACAUCCCAACCAACUGCAACGAUAUCCCGUCCAGUUACUCCGCUGCACGCACUUGGUGCAAAGACGUCGGCGCGCUGAAGAUCUUAGUAUGGAUCAAUUGGUCGAUCAUCCUCGCCUGCUUCCUCCUCACCACAACCUACACUCUCCUCCAAUCCCGCACCCACCAAAACCAAAUCUGGCGCAUCCCUCUCUCCCGCUUCCGCCCCGCCCCAAUCAAUGACAUGUUCGUCAGCGCCGGCGGCAUCGCAGCCUUCGAUCGUGCUACUCGUGCCGCUUCCCUCUAUGGCGGCAAGGAAGGGAACGAAAAAGGCGAAGGCGCAGGCGAGCUGGUGAGGAAAGGUUCGACUGGGUGGUGGGCGAACGGCGGGAGUGGAUUCCGCGGGAGUCUGCAGAGUGUUGUGAGCGGGGGGAAAUCGAAGAGCACGAAGGGGAUCCGGCGUGGGAUCCUCCCCGCUGGGUCCGACACUGCAGCCGCUACGACGACGUUGGCGGAUGGGAGGAUCAUCGUUGGUGGGAAAGGGGCGGAACAGUUCGCUGUGAAUCCGUUCGAUCCGAGCGCGGAUUAUCAUAACUAUAACACGAAUCUGAACCAGACGACGGACUAUGGCGGUGGUGGUGGCGUACAGGUCGCUGUGGCGGAUUAUGGGUAUGGAAAUGGGGGUGACGAUCCAUUCGCGAGGUCUCCGAGGCCGAUGGGCGGGAUUGGAGAGGACGGGAGGACUAUUGCGACGGGCAUUACGGAAAUCCCGUUGGGCUCGCCGGUCACUCCUCUGCACAACGCUGCCAGUGGAGGUCUGCUGAGUCCAUAUUACACUCCUUCGACGCCAAACAUCGCGGGCAUGGGCUAUGGAGGUUCGGUCGCCGGAUCUGGAUCAGCAAUCGGAGGGGAUGCAGGGUAUCCGAGGUGGAGCGGCAGUGACGCGUAUAAUGCUCCCAGUCCUGGAAUCGUUGGGAGUGCGAGUGGAUAUCCGAGCAGACAGAGCAAUGCGAAGACGGUGAGCGGGUACGAGGAUGGGUUGUGGAACGGGAAUGGACUGGGUGAGGUGGUGUGGAAGGGGACGGGGCAGACGAAGCCUUCCGCGGCGGGUCCGUCGGCGUGGCAGCAGGGGAGUGGUGGUAGUGGUGGUGAAAGUCCAGGUGAGGAGCAGAGUGUGAGCGAGAGUGCGUACAGCGUUGGGAGCUAUUAUCGCUAAGCUGGCACUGUCACGGCUGCUUUACUAUUCUAUUUUCGUGUGUAACUGUGUAUGAACUGUUUUUCUUGGAUCUUCCGAGGCUUAACUAGUGACUGCUGGACCUGGUGUGUACUUAUUUAUAUACAUAUUUUUUUGGCUGCAUAUGGC